CUCCAUCUAGCUAGCAAUGGUGUCGUCGUCGUCCGUGCUGCGUCUGUACCGUGAGAUGCUACGCAAUGCAGCCAAUUUUGAGAACUACAACUUCCGCGCCUACGCCACGCGCCGCGUCAAGGAGGAAUUUCACAAGAACAAAGUACUGAAAGUCGGCAGUCCUGAACAGGAGAAAGCGCUCCAGCUCGCGCGUGAGCAGGCCGACGUAUUGUGCCGCCAGGUCGUCGUUUCCAAGCUGUAUCCACCUCAUGUCAAGAGUGUUAUGGAGACACUGGGCAAGUAAGGGUAGAUAAACACGGAAUACUCUUUUCAGGUGUACCGGUAUAUGCAAAAUGACAGUCCAAGUUGUAAAACUACUUUGGCACCAUUGCGGACUCUGCAUUGUUAAAGUGACCGCCACGCUCCAUUGAUGAUAA